AUGUCUCAAUUACCCGGGGCCGAAAAGUAUGCCAACUGGAGCAAGCAUGAUUUGAUUGCUAAACUUUUGAAUUACGAAAACCGUCAACAAGUCAAAGUUAACGAAAAUCCAAUAACUAACCCGGAAUUCGAACCCGCGAUUACGCAAAACACGCUUUGCGAAAAUAUCGUGGCCUCCAUAAAACCUCGUAAGAAAAACCCUCGACCAUUUGAUAUGUCUAAAUACUCCAAGAGACGAAUUGCGUUGAGAAUAGCAUACUUUGGAUGGAAUUAUCAUGGAUUUGAAACAAACGCUAAUGAAAAAAGCUAUCCAACAAUUGAAGGACAAUUAUAUACGGCUUUUGUUGGUGCAAGAUUAAUAUCGGACCUCAAAGAAUGUAAUUUCACAAAAUGUGGUAGAACUGAUAAGGGUGUAAGCGGUUUAGGUCAAGUGAUAGCAUUGAACGUUAGAUCCAACCUCCCACACGAUUCGCCGCUUGUUCUGCCAUCCAUUUCACAAGUUGAUGGUGAAUCGAGUAACAGACAAGUUGCAGAAGGCGUUGAAGAGUCUAAAAAAAACAUUGAUGGCAAGACGAGAAAUACAAAAGAUACCGAAGAGAUUCCUUAUAUAGAAGUACUCAACCGUAUGCUACCUAAUGACAUAAGAGUGAUCGCUUGGGCAAACGUGAAUCCGGAUUUCAACGCGAGAUUUGAUUGUCGUCAUAGACAUUACAAAUAUUUCUUCGUCAAAGGCAAUUUAGACAUAGACCUGAUGCGAAAUGCUGCAAAUCGGUUUCUCGGAACUCAUGAUUUUCGUAAUUUUUGUAAGAUCGAUCCGUCGAAAAAAAUCACCAAUUUCAAGCGUACCGUGACCCGCGUUGGGAUUGACAAGGUACAAUCACCGUCUAUUACAAAUCACCAUUCGGCAUCAAAGGAAUUUUACGAGUUCAAUUUACACGCGACCGCUUUUUUGUGGCAUCAAGUUCGAUGCAUGGUUGCAAUUUUAUUUUUGGUUGGUCAAGGAUUAGAAGAUCCUUCAGUUAUAGAUGAUCUUUUAGAUAUCGAGAAAACACCAGCAAAACCAAAUUAUGAAAUGGCAAAUGAACUACCGUUGGUCUUGUACGAUUGCCAAUAUGAUGAUGUGAAAUGGCAAUAUUGUCGUGACAAUGACCACACAUUCAAUACGCCAUCUAAAAUAUACAAGCAUAUUUAUGAGCAAUGGAACAUUCAUAUGACCAAAACAUUAUUAAUGUCGACAUUGUUGAAUGAUUUUGGAGGGAUGCCCUUGAAACAGUUUGAACCUAUUUAUCAAGAAACAACGCAAGAUAAGAAUGAUGAACUUGCAGAUAAUUCCAAUGAGACAUUGGAUGAAUUUGUGUUUUCAGACAUCACCGGAGAAGAACCAUCAUCCGGGAAGCAUACCAACUUUGUCACUGGAGGGAAAAGAAAACGAUCUAAAGAACAAAAUAACGACGGCAAAAUGUCUCAAAUGCCAACUGAAGGUGAUGACGAUUUUUAUGAUCCCAUGAAUAUGGACGACUACGAGGAUCAACUUGAUAACACGGCCGGUCCUUCAUUUAAUUCUCAAUCAAGCUAUAACAUAAGGGAGGGUGGUCAUUUCAACAGUGGAGAUCGCCACCUUGGUAGUGGUGGUUAUGAAGAAGGUUUCUUUUCAGGUCCUCAUCAUCAUAAGGGCGGUCAUCACCACAGGCAAAAUCAACAAGGCGACAAGACUGUGGACCAAGAUUUCUUUAACGACUUUCCCGAUGAUUUCGAUGACGACGAUCUGAAAUAA